AUGAACGGCCAGCCCAACGUUAACAAACAGAUCGCCGACGGCGUCAAGGCCUCCGAAGGCCACUACAAGGUCGACAAGCUCUGGGGCAUCCCUGUGGCCGAGGGCUAUCAGAUCAACAUCAUCUCCAACGAGGAGCGCAACACCGGCAUCCUGGCCCAGUCGCAGCAGUUCAACGUGACGCGGGUCGCCGACCCCCCCAAGACGAGUAAGCGAGAUUCUAUCCACUCUCCUACCACCACCACAAUCACCAAGACUGCCUACAUCUCUGCCACACAACCUUCCCGCUCUCGCCUUAUCAAGCCCUCUGCCCGCCCCUGCGUCAAGCACUACUCCUCUGCUCCACCAUCCAGCACCGUCCCCUCCGCCUCCACAAGCACGGCGACUUCCGCUCGCGCCUCUGCGACUGAAACCGCCCCCGCGGCCACCAGCUCGACGGCCGGGUCUGCGUCACUCGCUGUCCCAGCAGCGGGCUCCCUCGCCAUGGGCCUGUUGGCUCUCAUCGUGUAA